AUAAGAAAUAUCUUCCUUCACUUGUCGCGCUCGUAACGUAAUUUAUUACGCGAGUCGAUCGAUCGAGCGCAUCGUCAUAUUCUUCUUCUUCAACUCGCGCGAAUCGAUCGCUAAUCGUUUUGUUUACCAGCGUUUACCAUUCGACGCGCGAUAAUAACCGUGAACCGCGACCCCCUGCGAAUACGCGACACACGCACGCACACACACGCGCGCCUGCGCGGUUCAACUGCGUCGUCCAUCCAUCGAGAGAGAAAGAAUCGAAACGAUCGGGCUCGGUGGGAUAAUCUUCCUCCUCCUCCUUCGUAUUAUUCGUAUAUAACAGGUUUCGCAUUUUCGACACAUCCAGGGAAUAAUCUCGGAUUAUUCUUAUUUUCUUUCGAACGAGAUUCGAAAGAAGUUUUCUUUUCGAAAAAUCUUGCGAGGAGGAGAAGGGAAGGUGAAUGGUAAAAGCGUAAUUGUAUUCGUAUCCCUCCCCUCCCCUUACCCGUUCGAACAAUCGCCCGCCCAUUCGGAUCGGAUAAAUCGGCCGCUCCGUUUUGAGUGAAUGAAUUCACGCGCCGUUUCUCCUCGGGUCAUCGAGGAUUAUCCCUUACCUCGGCGAUAAGCGGCGCUCGUCCGAGGAAGAGGGACGGCGGUUGGAUAAGAUUACGCGAGAUCGCAAACAAGAGGGCCGAAGUAUAUAUACACACACGAAUAUAUGACGAAUCCCGUGUGUACGCCCGUAAAAAAAAAUGAUAGAUAUAUUGGAGAGCGUGUGUUACCGAGAGGGAGGGGGUGGACGAGAUUCGAUACGAUCGUGAAAACGAGAGGGAGAGAGAGAGAGGCGUCGAUGGAGGAGGAGGGAGGUGGAGGGGAGGAGCGAGCGACGAUGCUACCAUCUUUGCUUAUAAGGCGGGUAACACGGUUAACAGCGGUAUUUUCCUAUUAAUAAAUAGAUUUGUUUGGGUUCGAUAAAGGGUUAAUAAACGGGGCUAAAUAAACGUCACGCGAUCCCGCGAUGCAACGCCAAGGUUGCAAGGCUUCGAACAAUCGCGUUUCUUUCUCAUCUGGAAUGCGCGCCAUCUCUCGAGUCAGUUACACAUUUCACCUUUGAAAAGUUUCGUUACGAAUAGAGUGGACGAGAACGAUUAAAUAGCCUAGCGAUAAAAACAGGACCGAGGGAAUGACGGGAAGGUCAAGCGCGAAACGUAGGACAGCCCCGUGUCUGUUGGCACUGUUGUUGUUGUUGUUCUUCCAUCUCUCACCGUCGUCCGUCGGCGGGGAACCGAUACCGUCCGAGUUCUACGGCAAAACCUCGGACAACGAUUUCAUAUUGCUCAACAAGCUGAAGGAGUUGUUCGAGGAGAAACAGUACGUGGCAGAACGGGAGAAAGAGUUGGACAAGGAACGUAUGAAGAUCCAGUCGAUAAUAAUGGAGGGGAAGGAAUCGGAGAUACAAUCGGACUCGGAUUACUACGCUGAGAAAUUACCGACACCGAAUGCCGUGGUCAGACAAGAGCCGCAGCAUUCCGGCAAACGUACCAUGAUCAGCUAUAUGACGUUGUGCCACUUCAAGAUAUGCAACAUGGGGCGCAAGCGACAAUUUCACAAGUAAAAGAAACAAGAUGGAUGAAAUGGUUGGCGGAUGAUGGGCCGUGGGAUCGAGAAUGGUCGAGCCUCUUGCGCGGUGCACCCUUUACCUCGAACCGAGACACGCGAAAACGGAGGGAGCGGAGCAAUUUCCAUUCCUCGAGUGGGAUUCAUUGGCUUUCCAAAUUCUCCGUUCGAUAAGAAAAAAAAGAAAAAAAAAUUCGGCUCCUAUUCGGCGCCUUCCACGCUCUUUCGAGAAUCCAAAAAAAAAAAAAAAACCAUUUAAGGCUCGUCACAUUUGUCACUGUGAAGCGAGGAAAAGUUUGACGAUCGGCGGGGCCGAUUUAUUUUGUUACGGACGAUAUAUAUAUAUAUAUUUUUCGUUCUCGUAUCGAGGGACGCGAAUUGAUCGUCAUUAUUAUCUUAACGAUCGAUUUACGAGCGAAAAGAUAUUGGGGAUACGAGCGAAUAUACGCAUAUAUAUUUCACCAGUAUCAUUUAAUUCGAUCGAGGACACUGCAUUCGCGACUCGACAAUUGUUCUUCUACGUAUUCGAUAUAAUUUUUCGAUAUAAUCGUUCAAUUCAAUAUAAUUGAACGAAAACGUAUAAUAAAAUUUCUCGAUGAUCAAUUCAUAUUCCAGAAUUUGUUCGAAAACGAAACUAAGAGGACGAAAAAGAGACGAAUGAAUGGAGAGAGAGAAAGAGAGAGAGAGAGAGAGAGAGAGAGAGAGAGAGAGAGAGAACGAAAGAAAAUUAAAUUUAAAGAGUGGAGUGUCCUCGACGAGCCAUCGAUAGAAAAUCGAAAUGGCGAAUAGGUAUAUAUUUAUUCGUUAGGUUUAAGCGAGAAGGGUGCAAGGGCCGAGGCUCAAAUGUUCUCGAAACUGUUUUUAAAGGAAUAUAUACAUACGUUGAAAAGCAAGAAAAUGAGAUUAUCACAGCACGUACAACUAUGAAAAAAACAAAAAAACAUUAUUCUUCUAGUUAGCGAAAAAUUUGUUACGAUACUCUGCUAUCCGUAUUUCUUUAUAUGUAUGUUCAAGUUCAAACAUAUUCGUAAAUAGAAUGUAAACGUUGCUAUGUGUCAAUUAUGAUUUACGACUCUUUUUCCAAUCGCACGCAUUUUGACAAAAUUUCACCGCUCUACCUUUCCUAUCCUAUCGAUUGUUAAACGGAAUAAAAACGAAUGAUGCUUUUGAUAAAAAAAAAAAAAAAAAAAAAAA